AAGGGUCGGAUGCCGGUCCAGGGGCACCGCUGAGGCAGAGAGGCCCGGACCUCGGAGGCAGGCCCGCGACACCCCCGCGGCGCCCAGUCCCUCCGGGCCGCAACGCCGCGGGCCGGCGGAGGCACGUCUCCGGCACGAUGAAGGAUUUGGGGACCGAGGACUUGGCUGGUCGUGAAGGGGUUCAGCUCUUUGGAUUGUUGAACCUCUACCUGGAACAGGAACAGAGAUUCCAACCUCGAGAAAAAGGGCUAAGCUUGAUGGAGGCCACCCCAGAGAAUGAUAACACUUUGUGUCCAAGAUUGAGAAAUGCCAAAGUAGAAGAUUUAAGGAGUUUAACCAACUUUUUUGGAUCUUGCACUGAAACUUUUGUAUUGGCUGUCAAUAUUUUGGACAGAUUUUUGGCUCUUAUGAAGGUGAAACCUAAACAUUUGUCUUGUAUUGGAGUAUGUUGUUUUUUACUGGCUGCUAGAAUAGUUGAAGAAGAAUGCAAUAUUCCAUCUACUCAUGAUGUAAUCCGAAUUAGUCAGUGUAAAUGUACUGCCUCUGACAUAAAACGGAUGGAAAAAAUAAUUUCAGAAAAAUUGCACUAUGAAUUGGAAGCUACUACUGCCUUAAACUUUUUGCACUUAUACCAUACUAUUGUACUUUGUCAUACUUCAGAAAGAAAAGAAAUACUGAACCUUGAUAAGCUAGAAGCUCAGCUGAAAGCUUGUAACUGCCGACUUGUAUUUUCAAAAGCAAAACCAUCUGUAUUAGCUUUGUGCCUUCUCAAUCUGGAAGUAGAAACUUUGAAGUCCAUUGAAUUAUUGGAAAUACUCCUGCUUGUUAAAAAACAUUCCAAGGUUAAUGACACCGAAUUCUUUUAUUGGAGGGAGUUGGUUUCUAAAUGCCUAGCCGAAUAUUCUUCUCCUGAAUGUUGCAAACCAGAUCACAAGAAGCUAGUUUGGAUUGUUUCAAGGCGCACAGCCCAGAAUCUCCACAACAGCUACUAUAGUGUUCCUGAGUUGCCAACAAUACCAGAAGGUAGCUGUUUUGAUGAAAGUGAAAGUGAGGACUCUUGUGAAGAUAUGAGUUGUGGAGAAGAGAGUCUCAGCAGCUCUCCUCCUAGUGAUCAAGAGUGCACCUUCUUUUUCAACUUCAAAGUAGCACAGGCACUGUGCUUUCCAUCUUAGAAAUCUAAUUGUUCUGUGUCAGAAUUUAAAGUGUGUAUACAGGUUUCAAAGCAAUAAAUGGGGGAGUAGGUAGUUUUCUGGUCCAGCCCCCAUCUAGGCAGGAAUUGCAUAAACUGGAAUAUCUACCUUCUAUUUAUUAUUACUCAGAUCAGACCUGGCCUAUUUUCAUAUUUAAUCCUAAACCAUCAAGUGGAUUAGUGCCUCUUAAACAAUUGAAAAUACUUUAGACAUUGGCACUUUAUUUUCUCAUUGAUCUUUAGCUUACUUGGAGGAGGGAAAGGGCUGUUACCUUCAAUUUACUACUUUUCAAGAAGAUUUUUAAUGAUGAGUAAUGUAGGUUAUCUUAAACAUUUUAUAAAACCUUCAGGUGUCUUUACUUAAACAGAUUGGGAGUGUACAAAUGCUUCCUGAACAGGGACAGUGGGUAAUCCUUUCAUGGUCUAUCUUAGAUCUUUCCCAACCCCAUUCUCAGAACAGAAUAUACUAUAUUCUUAAAUGUCAAACAGCUUUUUGUUUUGUUUUUUAAAUGAUCAGUGUACCAUCUGAUGCAGACUUUAUAAAUUUAGAAAUUAUAGUAUCUACAUUUUUGCGAAUUUUAGUAUGUAGUAUCUUUGACGUUUCUGCUAAAGCAGAAAUAAUUGAUGGUCUAGGGCUGUUGUAUUCCUAAUGCUUAAGUAUUGUUGGACUAUAGUAUUUUAAUGUGUUAUAAAAACAAUCCAUAAUAUGCUAGUUUUGCAUGCACCUGUACAAAAGCAGUACAGGAAGUUGAACAGAACUAGGUAACUAUGGAAUUGAUAAAUGUUGAUCUAGUAGAAGAUUUUAUCUAAUUUUCUUAUAUUUAAAAAUGUCUGCAUGAUUGUGUUUUAUUUCCUUUGU